CACGAUGUUAGGUGUAUCUAAAUUGUUUUGAGAGAUGAGUUGAAUGCUUUGCUAGCUAAUAGUUAGCUUCCAAACUCAAAGUUCUUACAGGAACCAACAGUCUCUAAAAUGCCGACGCUAGAGGACGGGCACGGAAGGGAUUCAAGGUCCAGCUGUUAAAUGUGUUGACUGGUACCUCAUCAUACAGGCAACUGUUAGGACAGGAUGCCAGAAAUGACCGAAACUCAGACACCUGGUCGUAAACCCAAAAAGAAGAAAAACAAAGAAUCUCACAAUGCAGUUGAGAGACACAGAAAAGAGAAAAUUAAUGCUGGGAUUAACCGCAUUGGUAAUCUUCUACCAUGUUCCCAGGCACUUAAACAGAGUAAGAACAUGAUACUGGACCAGGCUUUUCGCUACAUCACUGAACUCAAGAAACAAAAUGAUACUAUGCUUCUGGAAGGAGGAGACAAAGUUCAAGCGGAGGAGAUCCGUCGGCUGCGACGUCAGUUGGAGGAUCUCCGGAAGGAGAGUGCUCACUACAUCGAGCUCCUCAAAGCCCAUGACAUUAACCUUCUAGAGGACCCCACUAUCCACUGGAAGGGCAAACAGCGCUGCGCCAAAGUGGCAAAAGUACCCCCCACUCACCAGCUCCCAAAGGGGAUCAUUGUCUAUUCCAAUGGCAAUGUGAUGUGCCCUGCAGGAAAGGAGUCUAGCCCAGGGAAACAGCCCUCUGAAACUUUAAUUCUUCAGCCACCAUGUGAUGCCAGUGCCAGAUUAAGGGUUAAUGGAGCCUUGCUGCAAGUUAAUACCUCUUCUUCCACCCCUGCACUUCUCCCUGGGUCAGCUGCCACACCCACUCAGUCUACACCAGGCCUGAGAAUGAUAGAGCAGUGUGUGGUUGAGACACCGGCUGCAGCACCGACUCUGCCACCUUCUGUGUCUUACAUCACCCUUCAGAUCCCUGCAGCCACUACAGCCCUGCCCCAUCAAACUCAGCCUGCUGCUCCAGCUCAGACCCUCACCAUCGCAGCGACUUCAGCCCCACAGCUUCAGACUGAAAGCGCUGCUCUGCCUGUGUCCACCCACCCCACACUUACCCAAAGUGUAACUAGAGCAAUAGCAUCAGAGGUUUGCUCUUGGGUCACACAGGACACUGCCAUCAGGACUGUAAGUUACACUGCUAUCCCAAACAGCCAAGCCCUUCUUAGGGGUGGAGCGGCUGGCAGCACACAAACUACCUGGACAACACUGCAGAUGGCUGGGAACACAGUGCAGCCAGUCUGUCAAAGUCUCCCUUCACCUGAGGUCAGCAACACCACCCAGCCUGUCCAGCAGGUCACUGUGUGUCCAAUAGGCAGCAAACCAUCUGUCCAGCCCAUUCAAAUACAGAUGCAGCCACAUGUGCCUGUACAGCAGGCACCCAUUACUGGUCAAAUUCAAACGCAGCCCUUUCAGAGACCACCCCAGCUACGGCCUGCAAUCUUAAACCAGGCACAGCCUCAGCCUGUCUUAGCCCCACAACCUCAGUGUGCUGUUCUUCCCCAGUCAGCCAUAGUGCCCCAGCCAGCUGUGGUGGCUCACCCUGCUGUUGUGUCACAGCCCCAGCCUGCUGUACUUCAACCAGCUUCAUUGGUUCCCCAUCCUCCAGCAGCCCUCAUCCCACAGCCUCAGCCCCUGCCCCAGCCAGCCCUUGUGCCCCAGCCACAGGCCACUGUGCUGCCUCUCCUUCAGACCAUGCAGGUGCUUCAGGUCAACGCUGCCGGAGCAACAGCUUCAGGUGUAACAGCACCGCAGAACACAAACAAUCCAAGUGUUGUAAUUUUGCAGCAGGCCAGUGCCUGUCCUACACAGCCAGUUGUGAGGGAGGAAAUAACCAAUCAGACUCCAUGUCAACAUAUUGUAAUCAUCCAGGCACCCAAUCAGGCUGCAUCUGCUCCUCAGACUCCUCAAGUUGGCAUGGUGCCUGCUGCUGUGCCCACUGCAGUACCUGCUGUGUCCACUCAAAUACCCACAACCAGCAGUUCAGUCUGUGCCCCUACUUUACAGAGUGUUGGAGGAAAGCAGCUGGUGCACAUUCUGCCUCGCCCUGUUCAACCUCAAGUGAACCAUUCUCUACAGGUCACCCAAACAUCGUCCUCUCCACCAGUUCCUACAACCCCGCAGACUAUCACUGUGAAUGGCCAGGUGUUUGCCCUGCAGCCUGUGAAGACCUCUGACAAAGCCAGCUCCCAGGGUGGCCAGAGUACACUCCAACUGGUCCAGCCCACCACCACUGAGGAACCAACUACUAAUGUGGCCCUCAACAGUUUAGGGGCCCUCAGCAGUCUCAACCAGAGCAUCUCUCAGGGCCUACCUCUUACCAUAUCUAGCCAGAGCAGCUGUCAACCUGCACCUGCUCAGUUAUCAGUUAUGCAGCAGAAGCAGCAGCAGCCGCCUCCUGCUGCAGCCCCCAUCACUGGAGCCACACCUGCGCUACCUGCCCGGCAGCUACAGGUUCCUUGUGUGAACCCAGUCACACAAGGACUGGUGGUUAAUGCCUCUAAGCCUAUAGGAAAGAGGCUUCGCAUAACUUUGAAUACAAAAAGAACAGCAGCUAAAAGGACUAAACCUGCUAAGAAAAAGGAGCUCAGUCAGGCACAACCUGCUGUUGCUGUUUCUGCCAAGCCAGUAGCUGCUGCAGGAGAGAACCAGACAGUUGAAGUUACAGUAUCUCAAGAUUUACAGUCCUCGACCGUCAAAGUCACAGACAUUAACCCUACAUGUACCACAGUUGUCACAACUACAGAUAGCGCUAAAGCUAUAGGCAAUGUCACUUCAACACAGAGCACGCAGAAAAUGAUUGUGUGCAGUUCAUCUAGUGAGCCAGCUGUAUUGAGUCAAUCCCAUCCACAGAGUAAAAGCUCAGUCAGUGCCUCACAGAGUGAUUCAAUAUUAAGCCAUACUAACACUAGUAGUAUCACAACUGCAGUUACAGCUGUCAGUGUGACAUCGGUCAAGCCAUCAGUCAGUGCAGCUUUGGCCAUUGAGAGUAAACCAGCUGCAGCUCCUGGCAACAACUCAUCUGUGACCAAAGUGUCAGUUCCAGAGGUUAAACAGCCAACCACUAGUAUAACAACUAGCACAACACAAAGUAAGUCAGUUGCCACUGCUGCUGUUUCUAGACAGAACAGAUCUGCGGUCAGCUCUGCAGUAGUCAAUGAGACUCGGUACUCUUCUGCCACUGUUUCUACUGCAUGUUUGACUCCAGUCUGCACCAGCAGUAAAACAGCAACUGCAUCAAUACCUUUAAAUCAUAAUAGCCAACCAACGUCAUCAUGUCGUUCCAGGGGAUCUAAUGCUCAAGAUCCUCUGGCCUUCAGUAAACCAGAGUCUCAGCCCAUCACUUCAUCCUCUGUGUCCACAACUGUGGCAUUGUCAUCACCUGCACCAGUGUUUUCUGCUGCUCACAGCUCUGUUACAGCCCCUACUACAAGUUCAGAGUUUAGGAAAAGAGCUAAUACUCUCAGAGCUCCAUUACAGCAGACUGACGUGAAUAUCCUCAACCACUCCUCAUGCCAUCCCGCUGAGGUCAAACCACCCCAGGUGCCUAGAAUAGACAGGGAGGCUCAGGAGGUGAGGCAUUCAACAGCAGAGAAGGAGAGCUUGGUGUCAGUGACUUCUGACACUCCCUCAAGGAAGGACUUUGCGCUGUCUCAGCAUGUAUACACUAACCUAGAUGAUCAAACCAUUGAGCACCCUAUGACAUCUAGCAGACAGACUGAUUCCCCCAUGUCUACAGGGGCUGGGGUUGGCAGGGGGUUCUCUGUGGCAUCCAUGCUUCCCCAGGGUCAAAGUAUUGGUACAUCAUCUGGCUCCUUUGGAACAUUUACAUUCACGUCAGAGCAGGCAGAGAUGCUGGCCUUGGCCAUGCUAGAACAGGAUAGCCCUGGGAGGAGAAACGGAGCCUGCUCUGGGGACAAUACUGCUUCAGCUAACUCCACUGCAGCCACAUGGGACACCCCCAAAACCCCACCAGUAUCUACCAGUAAAGAAAGGGGCUCCGCUGGGCAACAGGCUAAAGUGAGCAAGCAGAUGGACCCAGGAACAGUUAAACCUCCUGUUGAGGUGUCUAUGAGAGGACAAAUUAGUGAGGGGUCUGUUGGUUUGUCCAGUGGAAGCAGACAUCCACAAAACAUCUCAUACUCCCAGUCCCAGCCUCUUCCCCAGGCCCAGUCUCAGAGCUCAUCUCAGACUGGCACAGUGGCUAGCCUCAGUGUUAACAACCUGAUUAGGCCCAGCUCCAGUCACCAGCCCUAUCCUGGCUCUCCUAGUCUGGCUGGCCAACAGGGCUCAGUUCCCUCUCCUGUGGGGGCCUCAGCUCACAUAUCCCAACCAUCAAACAAUGCCCUGUCACCCUGUUCAGGGUCUGCGCAGCCAAAUGACUACACGCCCUUAAAGACUGCAUUAAUGAGGGCUCAGGCUGGAGUUGGUGUGAGUGAGCGGCAAGUGAAGAUCAUCUCUAAGCGGCAGGCUCCAGAAGAAGUGAUGUUAAAUACUGGAAAACGACCUAAGCCUUGCCCUCCAUCAGCUAAUGCUGUUAGCCAUAUGGAUGUGAAAGCACCAGACCACAACCAGAUGAUGGUGGGACAGCUGCCGUCCACCUCCUCAGCCGUCAUGACAAGGAUUAAUUCAGAAGGCGGAGGCCCUCUCUUCUCUACAAACUCUUUCAUGAGCCCGGUAGUUCGGUCCACAGAUGGCCACUGUCCUCCUCAAGGACCUCCUGAGCAGAACCAGCCGGGGGUGCUUCAUCUGCCCCAGGGUCAUCCACAGCAUACUGUAACCCAGCCUGCUCAGCAUCUGGGAGGAGACCUUUACAUGAAACAGCAGCAGCAAGCGCAACAGAGGCACCAUCUGUAUCAUUUGCAACACCACUUAACACAGCCAGACCCUGCACAGCGCCACUCACUACACCAGAGGGCGCUGCAGCAGCAACAGCAACAAGAACAGCAGCAUGUCCAGAAGAAGCGGGGACUUGUAAGAGGCAGUCAAACUGGCUCACCUGCUGGCCUGCAGCAGAAGCAGCAUCAUUUGGAAAAGUCUGGAGUUCAGCAGCAACACUCACAUCAACAGCAACAGACCCAGCAUCACACGCAGCAACAGCAGUCUCAGCAGCAUCCGCAGCAGUCACACCAACAGUCACAACAGCAUCAACAGCCAGCACAGCACCAACAGUCUCAUCCCCAACAGCACCAACAGCAGACACAUCAACAACCUCCCCAGACGCAGCAUCAACACCAACAGCAGCAGCAGCAACAGUUACAGCAGCAGCAGAGCUCCCACUCCAGACACCAGCAGCAUCUGCAGCAGCAAAUCCAGCAGCAGCACUUUAGACACCAGGAGAAGAGCUGUGAAGCCCAGGCAGCAGGAUCCAGAGGCCACCACAGCAGUCACCUGGCCCAGCAGGACCACCUCAAGUCUGGUCAGGACCAUAAUGCUAUGCAGAGGAUGAUGAGCUCUAGGACUCUGGAGCAGCAGCUCAUCUCUCCUCCGAGCAAUCCGGUGUCCCGGUCGUCUGACUUGGCCUGUGCUCCGUCUCGCCAGGAACGUCACCGUGUGUCCAACUACUCUGCAGAGGCGCUCAUCGGUAAAAGUUCCACCAGUGGGGAGCAGCAGCAACGGAUGGGUCUUCACCUUCAGCCUGGCCGUGGUGCCGCUCAGGAGCAGCCAGACCUCCGUGGUUAUCUGGACACAUCAAGAGGAAAGGGCAACAUUGCACACAACCCACAGAACCGCCUGCCGUCCGACCAUCCAGGACCCACUGAUGUUCAGCGUGUGUCCGAGUGUCCACCCUUUAAGUCUAUGGGUGGUGGAGGGGGAGCACAUCAGCUCGGUGGCUUUGAGGCUCAGGUGUCUCGUGGGAGUGACAUGGCCCCUAAGUCAGUGCCUCCCUCUCAAAGGGGCCCACAGGGGCAGCAGCAGGGAGGGUUCAGGAUGGGUGUUGGUCCUCCCGCAGAUGGCAGGAAUCGUGGCGGCUACAGCGGGCCUCAUCCUGGCUCACAGGGAGUGCAGGUGGGACCAUCAUUGAACCGGGAACAGGAAGGCUGUCACCAGAGUUUCAUGCAAAGCCUCCUUUCCCCCCACCUUCCUGAGCAGAGCAACCACCAGCGAGCAGUGCAGUGCUGCCCUCCAGUCAGCAUGGAGUACAGCUGUGUGCCUGGAAGCUCUUCAGUAGACAUCCAGGCCAAGGCCUCCAGCCCCAGUGUGCCCCAAACCCAGAAGGCCCCAGCGAUGCGACUUGGAGAGGGCAACAAGGGCCACAUUUCUCAGGUCACUAGUAAUAUGCACGCUGGCCCUGGUGUGCGAGCUGGUCUCCCCCACCCUCCAACCCCACACAGCAGCUCUGAACCAGGCCGCUCCUCGGCUCCCUCCAGACCACCUACUGCUGUCAGCCAGCACUCUCGCCACAUCACCCGAGAUGCUCAGCCCACUAAACUGAGACCUGGUGACCGGCCUCGGUCAGGUGCUCUGAGACCGAGCAACCCGUUUGAACCCGAGGGCCACCUGCCUCUGCCCUCUGGAGGAGGGGUGCUGCUCAGCCGACCACAGUCUGGAGGAGAGGCACGGCGCAGUGCCAUUGUACGCUUUAUGGCAGAUGGUGGUCAGGUUCCUAGUGACAACAACCUGGUUCCUGAGCAACACCUAACACAGAACUUUGGUUUCCCCUUUAUUCCUGAAGGAGGGAUGAAUCCUCCACCUCCCAUUAAUGCAAACUCUACAUUCAUCCCACCUGUCAGCCAACCCAGCACCUCCCGUACGCCAUCCCUCAUCCCAGUGGAGCCCCAGAACACUUUACCCUCCUUCUAUCCUUCCUAUUCUCCAGCUGCUCACCCCAGCCUUCCCAGCGAUGUCACCCUUCAAUACUUUCCCAACCAAAUGUUUACCAGCCCAAGUGCAGACAAGGGCAGCGCUCCUCCACUCAACAACCGCUUUGGCUCUAUCCUCUCUCCGCCUCGCCCUGUGGGUUUUGGUCAGGCCAGUUUCCCUUUGCUUCCAGAUAUGCCCCCUAUGCCCAUUGCCAACUCGUCUGGAAUCACGCCUCACAUAUCCAACUUCAGCCUUACCUCUCUGUUCCCUGAGAUCGCCACUGGCAUGCCCCCCGACGGCUCGGCCAUGCCAAUGUCUCCCCUGCUGUCUCUCUCCAACACCUCGUCUGCCGACUCCGGCAAGCAGCCAAAUCGUCCUGCCCACAACAUCAGCCACAUUCUGGGCCAUGACGGCAGCUCGGCUGUGUGAAGAGACUUCCUGCUGCAAUUUGAAUGCCAUUGUGAACUGCUGUUCUCGAGCAAAGAGUUUAAUUUUCAGUUUGAAAUGUGUUGUUGCUUUCAACAAGUUCAGAAAGUUGUGGUGAAACAGCUGAUGAAUGGUGGUUUCUGUUGUUUACAUGUCCUCACAAUUUCAAUCUCUAAUCUGUUCUGUUUGACAUAUGUAUGAUGUCAUGAUUAUAAUUUGUAAUAUCUCAAAAAUCGUUAGAUUUUUACUUGGACAUAAAAAUUCGGUCCUUGAAAGCUCUUUGUUAAUAUGUUGGUUAAACCAACCAUCUGAUAGUGAAAACAAAAUGAAAUUUAGGUUUAGAACUUGAAUUCAGUGUAUUCUGGGUCCUUAAGAAACCUUCUGCACAGUUACCUACUAAUGUAAUUUACUAACUUAUCAGGUUGUACUGUACAGAAUUUUCCAAGAGCUAUUUUGUAAAUACCAAUGUUUCAUAUCAGAAUUGUUAGAUUAUGUAUGUAUUUGUAAAUACAAAAUUGAUUAAUAAAGUUUAUAAGGAGACGUUUGUAUUUGCUGCCAA